CAAAAUCAGUUGAAAAAGGUCUUGAUAUGGCCCACAGUACUUAAGAAUGUCCAGCUACUUCCUCUUUUCUCUUCUUUCUCUUCUGCAUUUUGCAAACGGUUGUCAGGAUAGCACAGCUGGCAUAGCAGACCGUAGUAUCAUACCAGAUGAUARAUUUACAGCAACUUCAGCAUAUGACUCAAGAUAUGCAGCCAAGAAUGCACGUCUGAACGUCRCUGAAAGAGGAUGGGGACCAAAGACAAUAACCAACCCUAAUGACUAUCUACAGAUAGACUUGGGUCAAGUGUAUGUGAUCUGUGCUGUGGCUACACAAGGAUGCAAUGUUUGUGAUGAAUGGACAACGCAUUACAAUAUAUCAACAGCGAUAGAGAAUACCACAUGGAGGAUGUACACUGAAGAUGGGACAAAUACAAAGCGGUUCACUGGUAACACAGAUCGUAACACUGUCGUCAAGAAUGCGCUGCAUCUAUCAGUUCAGGCCAGAUAUGUUAGAUUCAUACCAACAGCUUACAACUCCUGGAAGGUACUACGUGUGGAAGUAUACGGAGUCAAGAAAGGUAUAUCUUGUCGAUCCCUACCAGUUGGUGUUGCUAGAGGUAAUAUACUAGACAGUGCCAUUACGUCAUCAUCAGCUUACAACAGCACCACGUCACCAUCCAAGGCAAGACUAAACUACACAGCAGGGUCAUCAUGGUGUGCUGCUACAAGUGACUCUUCUCCAUAUCUACAGAUCAACUUAGGAUCACCUUACAUCAUUUGUGGUAUAGCAACACAGGGUGACCACAUGACAGAUCAGUGGAUUCGGUCUUACAAUGUGCUCRCAUCAAAUGAUGGGUCUACUUUUACUAAAUACAUGGAAAACAGCCAAGUGAAGACAUUCAGUGGUAGCUUUGAUUCUGAUACCAUAGUCAAGAACCUGUUGUAUGAUGGCUCUGUUGGCCAGUAUCUACGUAUUGCGCCCACCAGUCGAUACGGCUCAACAAUAUGCACGAGAACCGAGAUGUAUGGGAUACAAAACACUGGAGGAUGUUCAUCUAUCUCUGUAGGUUUAUCAUACUCUAGUACGAUUCCUGAUCACCGCUUCACUGCUAGCUCUUAUUACGACCCGCGUUACAGGCCGAGUCACGGUAGACUUCUCUUAUUCCAAGCCUGGGGACCGAAGACAGCAUCCGGUAGUGAUUGGCUACAGAUAGAUCUGGGUUCGUUGGUGUACGUGUGCGCUGUAUCCACGCAAGGCGCCGGUGGAUUAAAUGUAGAAUACGUAAAGAAAUACAAGAUAAGAGUGUCCUUGGAUAAUGUGAAUUGGAAUUAUUACCAAGAAAAUAAUAUUGACAAGGAAUUUGUUGGCAAUACAGAACGCUAUUCCGUUGUGACCAAUGCUCUCUCCAAGCCAACCAAAGCAAAGUUUCUACGUUUCUAUCCUACAGACCAUAAUCAAUGGCCCACAAUGAAAGCAGAGGUCUACGGGAUAUCAUCAGCUUGUAGUUCUCCAUUUGGAAUUGAAAUGGGAGGAAGUCUUCAGAGUCGUCAAAUGACGUCAUCAUCUCACCUUAACACCCAUACUGCGUCACAUGGUCGUCUCUAUGGCAACAGCUCGUGGUGUAGUAGCACGUCAUCUAACACAGAGUACAUACAGAUUGACCUGGGACAAGUGAUGACAGUGACAGGUAUAGCAACACAGGGUGACCACACCAUGGAUAAGUGGGUGAGGACCUACACUAUCAGUUACAGUAUGGAUGGUAAUCUGUGGAACACCUAUAGAGCUGCGCGCAACAUUGAUAAGGUGCUGCAAGGCAACGUUGACAAAAGCACUGUAGUUGUAAGAUGGCUGAGUCAUGCUUAUUCAGCCAGGCACGUCAGAGUUACACCUCAGACAUGGAACAMGGCYAUCUGCAUGAGAAUAGAACURUAUGGAUGUGAMUAURCUUCCAGACCAGUAAUAUCAGCUCUGACCAAUCAAAACCUUACAGCAGCAUCCAAUAGCUAUGUAGAUCUGGUGUGUAUUGUACAAGAACCAUUAAUACAGUACAUCAAAUGGUACUCUGGUAAUACUGACAUCACCAGUCAAUCUACUGGUCUGGUGCGUGGUGCUAAUGGAGUCAAGCAGUCUACAUUGAGAGUGAACUAUACGACAGCUGAUGAUGCACUCAAUACGUACCAGUAA